GCAUUCGCUCAUGUUUAGCUCUACGCUCGUUUAGAAGGGGAGGAAAAUAAGUUUAAUUAAAUAUUUCGAUUAACGCAAUUCCAUUGCUCGAAUGACACGCCGAGCAAUUAAUUGGCAAAGCGAAACGUGAGUGCAGUCGCCAGUUGAAAGUGCAAAUCGUUGGUUUUUUGAGGCGUCCUGCGAUUGAAGAACAUGUGAGAAAUUGUGCAAAAAAUCAAUUUUUAAGAUGUAAGGCGAAAUUCGAGUGGAAUUACCCCCCGCAACCAAAGAAGCUACAGGUUCAGAUCCUCAGAAGUUUAACCAAAAGUUCCUUUCACACCCGCAAGAGUUAAAGUUAAAGCCAAAUGACUGCCAAUAGUUUGCUGGGAAGGUCCAUACUUAAUGAAGGCCGCUCGAAUAAGCGCUCAUUUGUGUCGCUUAUUUUUGGCCUGGUGGUGGGCUUCUGUCUGGCGGAGCUAUUCGUUUACUCCUCCACACCGGAGCGCAGUGAAUUUAUGCCAUAUGAUGGCCACCAACAUGGCGAUGUUAACGAUGCCCACCACAGUCACGACAUGUUGGAGUUGACGGGACCGGAACAGGAUGUGGGCACCCAUGAGCACGCCCAUGAGAACUCCACGAUUGCGGAGCGUCUGUAUGGCGAAGUACGAGUACUUUGCUGGAUCAUGACCAGUCCAAGUAAUCACCAGAAGAAGGCGCGACACGUGAAACGCACCUGGGAACGCUGCAAUAAGCUGAUCUUUAUGAGCUCUGCCAAGGAUGAAGAAUUGGACGCCGUGGCCCUGCCCGUGGGCGAGGGUCGUAACAAUCUGUGGGGCAAGACUAAGGAGGCCUACAAGUAUAUCUAUGAGCACCAUAUCAAUGAUGCCGAUUGGUUCCUAAAGGCCGACGAUGAUACCUACACGAUAGUGGAGAAUAUGCGAUACAUGCUAUAUCCUUAUAAUCCCGAGACUCCGGUUUACUUUGGAUGCAAAUUCAAGCCGUAUGUGAAGCAGGGUUAUAUGUCCGGCGGUGCCGGUUAUGUCCUCAGCCGAGAGGCAGUGCGUCGCUUUGUGGUCGAGGCUCUGCCCAAUCCCAAGCUCUGCAAGGCUGAUAACACGGGAGCCGAGGAUGUGGAGAUUGGCAAAUGUUUGCAGAAUGUCAAGGUUCUUGCAGGAGAUUCCCGAGAUGCGAAUGAGGGUCGCUUCUUUCCCUUCGUCCCAGAACAUCAUUUGAUACCAGCGCAUACGGAUAAGAAGUUCUGGUACUGGCAGUACAUUUUCUACAAAACAGAUGAGGGCCUUGACUGCUGCUCGGACAAUGCCAUAUCCUUCCACUACGUCUCUCCGAAUCAAAUGUAUGUGUUGGACUAUCUGAUCUAUCAUUUGAGGCCGUAUGGCAUUAUAAACACGCCGGAUGCAUUGCCCAGUAAGUUGGCCAUUGGAGAACUGAUGCCGGCGCCCAAGGAGCAGCCAACGGAAGCUACAAGUGAUGCGGUCUCUUAAAGAUCCGCCGAAAACAAGACGCAAUAAUAGAGAUGGUUGGAUUCAAUCUUCUAAUGUACAUAGAUAGCUCUUGUAUAUAUAUUUCUACGUACUUCCACACGGAUAGAUCGCCCUAAGCUUUACUAGCAUUGCCAUUAUUACCAUCAUUUCCAUAUAUUUUCUGUUAUGUCGACGGACCUUGAAUUAGUAUAAUUUCCCCUAUACGUAUAUGCUCUCGGGGGUUUCGUUUUGGGACUCCAAUCGCUGUGCCCGCAUCUUUUGUACAAAUACCAAAACUAGAUAUAAUUUAGAGCUGUUAAUUUAGUUUGUAAUUACGUCUAGGUUGUACAUUUUGCAAAUCAUCACUAAUUUAAUCAAGAUCAAGAUUAGUUGUCGUCGUUUCAUUUAGCUAGCCAUUUACAAUUUUUGAGCAGUCUAAGUAUGAUAUAUCCUAUAUACAAAUGUAGCUAUAUAUAUAUAUAUUUAAUCUCUCUUGUGAUUGAGAUUUUACGUAUUAUAGAAAUUAAUGUACUACACAAUUCAACAAGUAUUUAAUAAAAUGCUGCUAAUGUAUUACAAUGGAACCAAAA